AUGGAGGGGCAGGGAACCCCCCCAGGGGGGAGAGAGGGGACGGGGGAGCGGACACCGGGGAGGGAGGGGGCGGGGAGGGGCCCCUCAGGAUGGAGGCGGAGGGGGAGGGGCGGGGACCCCCAGGAGGGAGAGAGGGGACGCGAGUGCGGACCCCGGAGAGGGAGGGACACCUGGGAUGGAGGGGUAGGGGAGGGCCGGGACCCCCAGGAGCGAGCGCGGGGCCGCGGGCGCGGACACCUGGGAGGAAGGGGCGGGGAGGGGCCCCUCAGGCAGGCGGCGGAGGGGAGAGGCGGGGAGCCCGGGCGGGGCGCGGUGGGAGGAGAGGGCUGA